AUGAGUUUCAAACAGCACACAUCUAAGCAUUUGUUAUCUAAAGAGCUUUCUAGAAAUAAAUCAGACAAAAAUCAACAGGAAACCACAAACGACUAUGCAAAUCACAUGCAUCAAGGAUCCGAUAAAGCACAUUUGGGCAAAGACUUAAAACUGAUGCAAUACGAUCAAAUGUCUACUGAUCUUGACAAAGCCGCAGAUAGAAAUUCCUAUGCCUUUCUCAUUCCACAGAAACCAAACGGUACCGCAAGAAAGUCAGAUCUCGAACUUUCCCACAGAGUAGUAUCUUGCAAAAUAGUAAUAAAAGUUCCCAACUCACUGCAGAAGCUUCUUUUGAGAAAAGAAAGCAAAACGGAAAAGAAUGACACUGAGGCCAAACCGGUAUUACAACACAAGAUCAUGGAGAGAGUUCGUACUCACUCUGUUAUAAGUUCUACUCCUUCUUCUUUGGGUCCGAGUUUCAUUGAGCGUGUAGGGAUCGCGUUUCACCCAUUGUCCAACGUCCGAACCGCUUACCAGGACCACGAAUUGUGUAAACGAUUUGCAUCUUCCGAAAGCCGAACCGUGGCAACGCCGCCGCGUGACGAUACCUUUUUUCUAUCCGAUGGGGACUUGGUCAAGCGAAUAGAAAACUACUUUUUGCUAGAUCAAUUCGAUAACGACUUUAAUGAUAGCAAAACGCCACAGGAGUGGGUGGCGAUGGGCGGGACAAGGGGUACCCCAGCCCUCUCACGUUACUACAACACCGUGUCCAAAUCCACCACCUGGGAGCCGUGUCGCGUCAUGCGCUAUGACAAAGACACCCAAUGCUUUCUAGUGCGAUGGCAAGAGGGAAAGACAAAGUGGACUCGCCGGUUAAACAUCAUCUUUGAUGAUGAAAACGUCGACGCCUGGCAGCAGCGAGUUGAGUGCGCUCGCAUCUGUAGACAGAAGGUGAAGAACGCACUGUACCAACGGCUUUACCUUGAGGUCAUCUCGAACGACGCUAUUACACCUUUUGAUCAGGACCAAAUGGACCGCAUCAUUACCAAAAUAGCUCCAACGUUCCCCCUUCAGUUCGUUCACAUCAUCGAUCAUUCUUCAAGCGAGGUGGAGAUGACAUAUUGCACUACACUGAAGAAGACAACAUAUCUUUACAACCUACGCACCAUGUCCUGGCAGGAGCGACUGGAAAUAGCGAAACUUCCACCGCUAAAGGUUAUUAUCGAACCGUCGUUCCGUAAUCUUAAGGGUACUAUCGAUGUCCCGCCCUCUGGUUUCAAGACAGCACGCGCUAAACUUUCGGAAAACUUAUUCCAGAUCCAUCCCCUCUUGCGUGAAACAUUGUACUCCAUCCACAACCUUUGGAAGGAUUAUGAAAAACGUACUCUGUGCUUGGUUUCACUGGAUAGAUUUGAUAAGACUCCUAUUCAACUUCAGAAGUUUAUGCAGCACCAGGCACAAGAGGGAGCUACAAUUUCGGAGAAACUUCGUGGGGAGUGGAUCUCGGCAGUGCUAUCCACUAUCCAAAGUAACCUUGAUCCGCACUUUAACUUUUACACUGACAACUUCGAAGAGUACAAGUCCAGUCGUAUCUGCCGGUUCAUUCGUCUGGUGAACAACAUGAUGGCAACCCAACUGCGUGGCCUUCUUAUGCAGUCACUAGAAAAUUUUACAACAUUUAUUGAGUCCUAUCGUAUUGAAUACACUGAGGACGACUCAACUAUGAGAUGUUUACUUGAAAGCAGCGCAGAAAGCGAAAAGUGGAAAGUACGCUAUGCCGAACUCUCCGCUAAGCGGAAAGAAGUAGAAGGGCAGGCGCAAGUCCCAGAGGUGAGCAAAAAUACUAAAAAGAAGUUCGUUGCCACUGCUUCAGGUGGCACAGCAGGAGUUCACGGGAAAAAAAACGAUGAAGCGCGAAAUGUGCCCUUCUCAUGGUGCGCCAUCUUAGAGAACAACUAUAUUCCAUGCACGAAACGUGUAAUGAAGCUAACUACAAUGGUGAAUGAUCUUCGGCCUCUUUUUGCUGUAAAAUUAGUGGAACAUGAUGGCACUAUCGUCUUUCAACCUCUUCUUGAGGAAGUUAUAAAUGGUGUUAUGCAAGUGUUUGAGAACUGCUUUGAAUACUGUGGUUCUAUUGAUACAAUAGGUGAUCAGUUGCUUCCUCUGCUUUCGUUGCAACCGGCGUAUUUGAAACCCUUGGUAAAUGGGAAGAACAAGGAGCAGAGUGUUUGUUCUUGUAGACAACUACUUCACCAAGUACUGGAGGAGAACUUGGAAGCACCACUUCAUCUUCAACAAAUGUACAGCGAAUUCGAUUAUAUAUUAAAGGCUAAUCUGAAGGACAUAAUGGAUGAUGCAGUUGUGUCUGUCCUUUCCUUGGAUGAAUUCGAACUUGUUUUUGAGCGCCUCGAUCGUGACUUGGGACGUAUCAAGAAGCAUACUUCCAAUAAUGUAAAGUAUGAGCUUUUUGCAGUCAGCUGCCAGGAAAUCAAAACAGUACUGACACGCAAAGCCAAGAGUCUUUUGGCUAAUCUUAUGGACUUCCUCUCCAAGCGUCUUUUGGAGUGUUGUACUGACGUUAUUCGACAAUACGAGGAGAUGUUUGAAAAAAUAUCGGUCUACCCCACCACGCCUGAGGAACUACAGGAUCUACGAGUCUAUAUAGAUGGUGUUGCUAAGCGCAGCGAAGAUAUCGGAAAAGAUUUUGAUUGGAUCACCAAAGGAAACGAGUUGCUACUGCGUUUCUGUUACCUUGUCCCCGAGGAUAACUUUAAUAUGUACUGGGUAGCAGCUGAGUGGCCGAAAAAGCUCCAAGAUCUCGUGGAAGAGCGCACCUUCCAAUGCAAAGAAUAUCGUGCCAUCUUUAUACAGAAUCUGCGUGACAACUGUGAGCGCCUUGCGUGUGACAUUAUGCAGCUAGGUGAUUCGGUAGACCGAUUCGCACACCUCGGGGAUUAUGCCCAUGCAGAUGAGUUUUAUGAACGCUCAAAGGAGAUCGAAGUACUGAUCAACACAUACCAAGAUCAGAUGACACUGUACAACAGUCACGAGGAACUCUUUGGCUUGGCUACGUCACAGUACCCACAACUCAAGGAUGUCAAGACUCAAUUUGAGCCUUGCUCUCUUCUAUGGAAAAUAGCUAGUCACUUUAACGCCGAGAGUGAGGGCUGGCUCCAAACGCGUCUCUCCGCCCUAAACCCAGUUGACGUGGAUCAGAAAGUUUCUGACUGGGACAAAACAAUCUCUAUUAUAACAAAAAAAAUUAAGGAAAUGGAACCGAAGGAAGCCCUCAAGCAAAUAAAGGCGAAUAUUGAGCGCUUCAAACCAAAUAUACCGCUGCUUUACGCGUUGCACAGUAAUUUACAAGCUACGCAUUGGAAGGCAAUUUAUCAACAGUGUGGUAUUGCAAAGGAAAAGCAGGGCUUUGGGACCGGUGGUACUGAUAUGAAUGAUCAGCGUCCUUUGGGAGAUUUCCUCAAGCUUGGACUGCUUGAGUAUCUGCCACAAAUUGAAAACAUUGCGUCUGUGGCCCGAAAGACUCAUGAAAUCGAAACUGAUCUUAUGUCAAUGGAGAAUGAGUGGAAGAAGAUACUUUUUGAAAUGGAACCAUACCAAAACACAUAUAAGCUGAAGGCGAACGAUACUAUGCAGCUUACACUAGAUGAGCAUAUUCUCAAAACGCAGUCUAUGCUGAGCAAGCCCAUCGUACGUCAGGCUCCUGCCCUACAGGCCCGCGUAUCACAGUGGGCAAAGCAGUUCGAAAAUAUUCAAUGCACAAUGGAUGAGUGGUUCAGAUGCCAAAACACAUGGUCUUAUUUGGAGCCUAUCUUCUCAUCCUCUGACAUCUCUCGCAGUUUACCCAACGAAAAACAGCUUUUUAUGGAAAUUUAUGACAUAUGGAAGGAAAUUAUGGAACAUACUCGCACCCUACCCCAAGUCUUCACCCGUUGCCAAGAUGAAAGCCUUUUAAAAACGUUCUCGGAGGCCAAUAAUACACUGGAAGAGGUAAUGCGUAAGCUUCAAGAAUUCUUGGAAACCAAGCGAAUGGCCUUUCCGCGGUUUUACUUCAUUUCAAACGAAGAAUUGCUUCAAAUUUUGUCAGAUAGCAGAGAUCCUUUUCUCGUACAACCGUAUUUGUGUAAGUUCUUCGAAGGCGUAAAGCGAAUCAAAUUUUCAGAUAACCAAGAUAUUGUUGGGAUGGAAUCAUCGGAAGGAGAAAAAGUGCCGCUGGUUCAGCAUGUCAACCCCGCUGAUUACGGUAAUCAGGUUGAAUUGUGGCUGCAGAUGGUAGAACAAUCGAUGAAAGCCACUAUUCGCGAUCAGCUCCGUCAGGCUAUAGGUGAUUACACUAUGCAAAAGCACGUGGACUUCGUUCGUGCGUGGCCGGGGCAGGUCGUGAUUGCGAUUUGCUCACUCUAUUGGACGAUGGAAGCGACCCGUGCGUUACAAGAAGAAGGCACCAUCGGUUUGUCGUCCUUCUACGAUAAAUGCACAAGCCAACUCGAUGAUUUGAUUAUAUUAGUCCGGGAUAAGAAUAUUAAACCCGUAGAGCGAUGCACCCUGGAAGCGCUUGUGGUGAUUGAGGUGCACUCCAAAGACAUCAUCGGUAUGCUUUGCGAAAAGGGCGUAGAUAAUCUGAACAGUUUCGACUGGAUCGCACAACUCCACUACUACUGGACGGACGACCACCUCACCGUCCAGCAAAUCAAUGCCUCCUUUCGCUAUGGGUAUGAGUACCUCGGCAACACGGGGCGGCUUGUGAUCACCCCACUCACCGAUCGCUGCUACCGGACACUCCUUGGCGCGCUUCACCUCAAUCACGGUGGGGCCCCUGAAGGUCCUGCGGGGACGGGAAAGACCGAGACUACCAAGGAUCUGGCCAAGGCUCUUGGGAAAUACUGCGUUGUCUACAACUGCUCGGAUCAGAUAUCCGCCAAGGAUAUGGUCAAGCUCUUUAAGGGACUAAUCCAAGCGGGUGCUUGGGGUUGUUUCGAUGAGUUCAAUCGGAUUGAGAUUCAGGUGCUUUCGGUUAUUGCGCAGCAAAUUGCCACAAUCCAGGAUGCGAUCGUUCAAAAACAGACAGAGUUCAUUUUUGAUGGGACACAGAUACGCCUCGAUCCCGGUUGUGCUAUCUUUGUGACCAUGAACCCUGGCUAUGCAGGACGUGCUGAGCUUCCAGAUAACUUGAAGGCUCUCUUCCGUCCAGUCGCGAUGAUGGUACCUAACUACGCUAUGAUCGGUGAGAUACAGCUCUACUCGUAUGGUUUUCUGAAUGGUAAAGUACUUGCCGAAAAGAUUGUGGCUACCUACCGUCUUUGUUCAGAGCAGCUUUCUUCACAGGACCAUUAUGACUACGGCAUGCGUGCGGUGAAAGCUGUUCUCACGGCGGCGGGGCGACUCAAGCGCACUUAUCCCGACGAAAAUGAAAUGAUUCUCACGUUACGCUCUAUUCAAGAUGUUAACCUUCCUAAGUUUCUUUCUCAAGAUGUGGAACUAUUUAAGGCCAUCGUAUCCGACUUGUUUCCCGAUGUGGUACUGCCAGAUCCUGAUUACAUGGACAUGCAUAAGGCCCUACAGGUUACAUGUCGACGGAAGAAUAUACAACUUACAAAAUAUUUUGAAGAAAAAAUUCGCCAAACCUACGAGAUGAUCUGUGUGCGUCAUGGUAUGAUGAUUGUGGGUUACUCUUAUGGUGGUAAGACUAAGGUCCUUCAAUGUCUUUCAGAGGGUCUCACAGAGAUGGAAGCAUCAGGCAAAGAAUUACGCACACGCAUGGUUACGAUAAACCCAAAGUCGAUUACUAUGGCUCAGCUAUACGGCAAGGUCGAGCAGUCGGGCGAAUGGACUGACGGCGUACUUUCCAAUCGCUUUCGACAGCUUGCACAGGAUGUAUCGUCGUUCCGUAAAUGGCUUGUGCUCGAUGGCCCCGUUGAUGCCCUCUGGAUUGAAAAUAUGAACACAGUAUUAGAUGAUAACAAAAAACUUUGCUUACAGAACGGCGAUAUUGUUCCCAUGUCCAAAGCGAUGAAUCUCAUAUUUGAAGUUCAGGACCUAGCUCACGCGUCACCAGCCACAGUUUCACGCUGUGGAAUGGUAUAUGUGGAGCCUCAGUCACUAGGAUGGCGUUGUUUGAUAGAUUCCUUCAUGAAUACAGUGCCUGAGUAUAUAGCGUCGAGUGAAGCGUUAGCGAACUGCAUUCGGCAUCUCACGGAUGCAUUUAUGCAAGAUACUCUCGAUUUCGUGAACAGACACACCACAACAAUCAUCCCUCAAGGUGAUAGCACGGCAGUCUCCAGCUUCAUCAAAUUAUUUGAUUCCUUUUUGCGAACGUUCGAUAUCACUCAAGCAACUGAAAAAUCCAAAGAGCCGCGACUUGUGCUCAUGCGUAUCGAAGGGUGGUUCCUCUUCUCAUUGGUAUGGUCUGUUGGUGGGUGCCUUUUGAAUGAGGAUCGUCAAAGGUUCAGUGACAUGCUCCACCGGUUGAUAGAGGAAAAGUUGUCCCAGUACAAGUUCACAAUUACUUUAUUUGAAAAGAAUACUUUGUUCUACGACAUGAAGUUUGAAGAUGGAGACGAAGUGAAAUUUGUCGAUUGGAUGACGGUUGUUCCUGAGUUGGUCAUCUCGAAGGAAACCGAGUACCAAGACAUCAUCGUGCCGACCAGCGAGACAUCAAAGUACACGUUUUUGAUGCAGCGUAUGAUUUCAAGUAUCCAUCCCGCUCUUCUCGUUGGUGACACAGGCACUGGAAAGACCAUCAUGAUGAAGUCGUUGUUAAAGAGUAUUCCAGGGGAAAUGUACUCCCUCAACAUGAUUCAGCUGUCUGCGCAGACCUCAUCAAGUUAUUUGCAGCGGCUUAUCGAUGACAGCUGUGAAAAACGUCGAAAGGGCUACUAUGGUCCACCCAUCAACAAAAAGAUGCUCGUUUUCAUUGACGAUGUGAACCUCCCGAAGCUUGAGGAGUACGGUGCGCAGCCGCCUAUUGAGUUGGUUCGGCAAUACCUCGACCAUGGUGCGUGGUACAGCCACAGCAAAGAAAGUAUCGAAUUGCGGCAUCUGGUGGACCUGCUCCUUCUCUGUGCCAUGGGCCCAGCUGGGGGUGGCCGAAACCCCAUCACGCCGCGCUUCACUCGCCAUUUCAACACCUUCAGUAUCCCGGCAUUUUGUAAUCUAACUUUGAAGAAGAUAUUUAAUUUCUUGGCCGAAUGGAUUCUCUCUCGUGGGUUUUCCUCAUCUCUUCGCAGUCAGUCAAAUGCUUUGGUAAGCGCAACGGUGGAUGUUUAUGAAACUUUACGUGAUAAGCUAAAACCUUCACCAGAAAAGUCGCAUUACACAUUUAACUUGCGUGAUAUGAGAAAGGUUUUCCAAGGUAUUGACAUGGCCUAUGCCCCGCUUAUCACAAGUGAAGUAAAAUUAGCAGAGUUAUGGGUCCACGAGGUAUCACGCGCUUUCGCCGAUCGCUUCACAGAAAAUGGGGACAAUCUCUGGUUUGAUGAGCAAAUGGCUAAGAUAUGCCAGAAAUACUUCAAGCUCACCGUACCAUCCUCUUCGGAAGACCCCUUGAUUUUUUCCACCAUUAUGAACGAAGAGGGGAGAUACGAAAAAAUAUCGAGCUCGGAGGAGGCACGUCGGACACUGGAGCUAAAGGUAAAUGAGUUCAACACGCAAUCUCGGACCGGCGAUCUAAACUUGGUUGUGUUUAACUACGUCCUUGAACAUGUGACACGUAUUUGUCGAGUCCUGAAGCAACCUGGUGGAAACCUUCUGCUGAUUGGGGUGGGUGGCAGUGGGCGACGCAGCUGCACCCGGUUGGCGGCUUACCUUCAGGAGUGUGAUUAUGCCACAAUUAGCGCCGCCAAAGAAUAUGGCUACUCUGACUUUUUAGAUGAUAUUCGGCAACUGCUUUUAAAGGCUGGUCAGAAAGGAUAUUCCACUGUGUUUGUUCUAUCGGAUUCUCAGAUCACCUCUGAUACCUUUUUGGAAGAUAUCUGCAGUUUAUUCAAUACUGGUGAAGUCCCUGGGCUAUGGAGCAACAAGCAGGAUAAGGAUAUAUAUGAGAACGCAGUAGCUUCCUUGCGCGACUUAGGGAAGAAUUUGGGUCGCCCGGACACUACUGAGGCCCUCCAGAAUCUUUUUGCCGAGCGUUGCCAAAAGCACUUACACAUCGUACUGUGCUUUUCCCCUCUUGGAAACGUUCUACGGGAUCGGUUACGCAAGUUCCCUUCGCUGGUCAACUGCACCUCCAUUGACUGGUUCCGUGAUUGGCCGGAAGAAGGGCUGAGUUCCGUGGCCGAACGGUUUUUGGAUAGCAUUGAUUUGACUGAGACGGAACGCGCCACAAUCAGAGAUAUGCUUGUGUUGUAUCAACUGCAAGUACGUGAUAUGAGUACAACCUAUCUGACCGAGGCGCGUCAGCACACGUAUGUCACGCCGACUUCAUAUUUGGACCUACUAUCCACCUUUGGCCGACUUCUGAAAUUUAAGCGGGAUGAGCUCACUGAGAGAAAGCAAAGAUACACCAACGGUUUAGAUCAGUUAAAAAAAACAGAAGAUCAGGUGGAAGUUAUGCAAAAUGAACUAGCCCUCCUAAAACCCGAAUUGGCUGAAAAGCAAAAGCAAACAAACGAACUCAUUCAGAAAGUGGAACAAGAAGGCAAAAUUUCUGAACAACAGCGUGCGAUCGUUGCGAUAGAUGAAAAAGCAGCCAACGAACAGGCAGUAGCCGCAAAAAAAAUGAAGGAUACUUCACAAGCGAAAGUAGAUGAGGCACAUCCACUUGUUGAACAAGCUUUACGGGCAGUGCUAGAUUUAGACCAAAAGGCACUGCAGGAGGUCAAGGCUCUAAAGACUCCCCCCCAGGGUGUUAAAUUUGUGAUUGAGGUACUCUGCACACUUCUCGGCGGUCAAUAUAAGCCUAAAUCUGUGCGUGAUCCCCUUAAGGGAGUAACAAAUGUGCCAUAUUGGGAACACGCCAAAACUACACUGCUUACCGGUGAGUUUAACAAUAUCCUGCUCAAUUCUUACCCAGUCAUUGUCGACAAUGCACCCAAUAGCCAAAUUGAGGAAGUAAAAAAGAAAAUGGCUAAUGAUAUGUUCAAGAUGGAAAAUAUACGAAAGACGUCUGUAGCGCUGGUGGGCGUCGCCACAUACAUCAAGGCCGUUGUUGAGUACUAUCAGCAGAACAAGAUUAUAAAGCCGCUUCUUGCACAAGCCGCUGCAGCUGAGGAAGAGUAUAACACAGCUAUGAAUGGUUUAAACAAAAAAAAGGAAGAGCUACGCAUAAUUAAUGAGAAGCUACAGGCCCUCACAGCUCAGCUAGAGCAAGUUAACACAGAUAAGCAAAAUUUGGAGGCUAAAAUCAACGACACUGACACCAAACUUACUCGUGCCAAGAAACUCAUUGAGGGUCUCGGCGGUGAGAAGGCUCGCUUUCUUGUUGAGGCACAACGUGCUGAAGAGGCCCUUACUUUUUUAGUGGGAAAUGUUCUCGUGACAGCAGGAGUAUUAGCCUACAUGGGGCCCUUUCUCGACAAGUAUAGGCGUCAGGCAAUUAUUUCCUGGGUGAAGCUAUGUAAGGAUAAGGGAAUUCCAGUCUCCAAUGAUUUUUCAUUAGAAAAUUUCUGCGGAAACCCCAUUGAAAUUCAGGAAUGGAAACUACAGCAGCUUCCAGUAGACAGCUUUUCAGUAAGUAAUGCGGUUAUCAUGAAAAACUCUAGUCGAUUUCCCCUUCUGGUGGAUCCGCAGCAACAGGCAAAUAACUGGAUUCGUAACCUUGAACGAGAACAUCAACUUGUAGUCAUCCAGCCGUCUGAAAGCAACUACAUUCAAACCAUUCGCAAUGCAAUUUCCGAAGGUCGACCGGUGCUUCUGGAAAAUGUUGAAGAAACAAUAGACCCUGUGCUGGAUAACCUCCUGCUUAAAAGGCUAACAAAGGAAGGCACAAUGGUAGUUCUGCAUUUGGGUGAGCCAGUUGAGUGGAAUAGCUCCUUCCGCUUUUACAUGACAACAAAGCUACCGCGGCCCCAUUAUCUUCCAGAGGUUAGUACCAAGGUAACUCUAAUUAAUUUUAUGAUCACUGAGAAAGGUCUUGAGGACCAGCUCCUGCAACGUGUUAUGAUGUCCGAAAGACGGGACGUAGAGGAGAAGAAGAACGCUCUCACCCUCGAGGCAGCUGCCAAUAAGGCCGGACUUAAAAGCACUGAAGAUCGUAUCUUGUCCAUUUUAUCCUCAGAUGGAAAUAUACUGGAAAGCGAGGAGGCUAUCGAGGAGUUGGACUACUCCAAGGAACAGAGCGAUCGCAUUGCCAAGCGACAAGAAGAAAUCGAGGCAAUGGAGAGGAUCAGCGACCGUACGCGCAAUCUUUUUGUUCCCGUGGCGCACCUUGGCGCAAUUCUCUUCUUUUGCGUAAGUGAAUUAGCUAACAUCGAUCCCAUGUAUCAGAACUCCGUGCAAUUCUACAUUUCGAUUUUUCAGGAGGCUCUGGUGAACAGCGAACGCUCACCUGAAGUUUCAGAACGCACCGAGCAUAUCAAUACCACGUUCAAGAAAGCCCUGUAUGAACGCAUCUGCCGAUCUCUCUUUGCAAAGGACCAGCUUUUAUUCUCCUUUAUAAUGUCAUUGAAGAUAUUUGAAGUUGAUCCAAUUCUCCUGCGGUGGCUGUUGAUGGGUGGGUUUGAGCAGGACCUGACACAUCAGAACCCGUUCCCAUGGUUGCCUCAACAGAACUGGGCAAUGCUAUGCCGGGCUGAUACUCAGUUAACGCUCACUGAGGAGAGUCUCGUGGAGAUUGUGAAGGGAAACGAAUCAUUUUUCAAUAACUAUUAUGAUUCUUCAAGGCCUCUUGAUAUCAGCUUCCCACCACCGCUCGACAAGCUCAGCUCUAUUGAGCAAAUGGUCUUGGUGCGAUGCUUCCGUACUGACAAAAUUGUUCCCGCGGUUGCGAAUUACGUUCGCGAUACGCUGGGUGAUGUCUUUCUUCAGCCCCCUCUCUAUGCGCUUGAAACAAUCGUUGACGAGUUGGUUCACGAUCCAUCGGUUCCGAUUAUUCUGGUCCUGUCCCCCGGUGCUGACCCCAAUGCCGAACUGGAUCGCGUGGCAGAUUUGAAGGGCAUGGGUGGAAAGUGCCUCCACAAACUAUCGCUUGGUCAGGGUCAGGAAGCACCCGCACGUGCCCUUAUCGAGUCCAGCAUCCAGCAAGGUCACUGGGUGCUACUUCAGAAUUGUCACCUUCACCAGGAUUUUAUGCCCCAACUCUCAAACAUAAUCGAGAACUACAGUGACUUGAGUGCCAAGCAGAAUCUCAAUCCGAGCUACCGCCUUUGGCUCACAUCGCUGCCUAGCGAAACGUUCCCCAUAGCAAUUCUGCAAAACGGUGUAAAACUAGUGCAGGAGCCACCGGCGGGCUUAAAGAGCAAUCUCAUGCAAUCCUAUCUAACGGACCCAAUUGCCGAUGAUAAAUUUUUUACCUCCUCGAAUAAACCGGAGGAGUGGCAGAAGCUGCUUUUUGGUUUAUGCUUUUUCCACGCGGUCAUUCAGGGGCGACGCCAGUACGGCCCUCUGGGUUGGAAUCGUCCCUAUGAGUUCAACGACACCGAUCGACGCAUUAGUAUUCGCCAACUCAAUAUGUUUAUCAACGAAAACGAAUCUGUCCCUUAUGACGCACUUCUUUAUCUUAUCGGGGAAUGCAACUAUGGCGGCCGCGUGACGGACGAUUUGGAUCGGCGUUGUUUAAUGGCUACGCUGCAACUAUACAUCACUCCGCUUAUUCUCGAUAACGAUUACAACUUUUGUAGUGAUGUGAAUGAUUACUACUCCCCGCCCUUCGGUGAAUACGGCAGUUUUGUUAGCUAUAUCGAAUCGCUUCCUAUGCAUCAGCAUCCAUCGAUUUUUGGGUUGCAUGAAAAUGCUGAUAUCACUAAAGAUGAGCGUGAAGCCCGAUUUCUUCUCGAUGCAACCUUAGCUACGCAGCCCGUGGAUGUCGGCAGCACCUCCUCGGGUUCGUCAGCGGCAUUUUUGGACCCCAAGGUUGCAGUUAAGCAAAUUGCCAAUGAUAUCUUCCAUCGCCUCCCUAAGUUGUUUGACCUCAAUGAAAUUCAAGAAAAAUACCCAUUCAACUACGCCCAGUCCAUGAACACAGUUUUGCUUCAGGAAGUAAUACGCUACAAUCGUCUUCUAGAUAUUGUCCAGGACUCCUUGGUGGAAGUUCAAGACGCUAUCAGCGGUCAUGUUGUGAUGAGCUCGAAGCUGGAGCAAGUGUUUAGAGAUAUAUACGAUAAUAAGGUGCCAGAGCUAUGGAGAAAGCGGUCUUACCCAACACUGAAAGCGCUUGGAUCAUAUGUAAAUGAUUUUAUAGCGCGUUUGUUGUUUCUACGACGUUGGAUUGAGGAAGGUCCCCCAGCGAUGUUUUGGCUCAGCGGAUUCUUCUUUACACAAUCGUUCUUAACGGGUGUGAUGCAGAACUAUGCACGCAAGUACCAUAUCGAGAUCGAUAAGCUCGUGUGGAACUUUACAGUUAUGGACGAAAGCAGCUUUGAUGAAGCACCGCAGGAUGGCUGUUACAUUUACGGUCUGUUUCUGGAAGGCGCUGGCUGUGAAAAUGGUGUCCUGACUGAAAGCAAGCCAAAGGAACUAUUUCUAGAAUUUCCUAUUUUGAGGUUAGUACCUUCCCAUGCGGAUGAAAUUGAGGCUAAAUAUGUUUAUCGAUGCCCAUGCUACAAAACAACUGACCGCAAGGGUGUACUAUCUACGACAGGCCACUCCACUAACUUUAUCCUCACUAUCAAUCUCCCGAUUGAUCCCAUAGACAAGGAAGAUCACUGGGUGCUGCGAGGGGUUGCUCUUUUCACACAAGUGGAGUAUUAA